AUAUACAUUGUAUAUGUUGAAUUGCGUACAUAAUAUUAUCUAACCAUAAUAAGUACCUACAAUAGAAAGCAGGGAAGUCCAGAGAAUAAAUAACUUGAUAAUAUCUAAAUCCUUAAGGAACUAAGGUAAUAUUAAAGAAAUAUAUUAUUAAGGGCAUUUUUAUGUAUGCACAAAUAAAAGAAGAUUACGAAAAAUUCUAGGUUAUCAUCAUUGUUGGUUGUAAAUACUGAAUCAUCUUCAAAGCAAAUUAUGGUUUUCUCCUUGCUGUACUACAAUCGUCGAUUUUUCUUUAUUAUUCCGUAUACGAUAAUACUGAAAAGUAAAAUUGACGAUCCCAUUUUUCCUCUUUGGACGACAUUUUUCACACGCAUUCAAUCGACAAAGAAGAACCUAUGCGGCUGUUUCCCUAAAACUUUGCUCGAAAAGCUUUUUCCAGAAACAGUCAACUUACCAUGUGAUAUUUGUAAUAGCCAUGGCUUCAUUCAUUUCGAAGAAGAUAUUGGUAAUUUAAGAACCAAUCUUACAUUCAUGGUAAAAGAAGAAUUAAAACGAAAUUUGGAAAUCAAGCUAAAUACAACAAAAAAUGACAAAAUAUCAGCUUGUGUUCCAUCUCUAACAGUUCAUAACAUCGAAGGUAACAUCGAAAAUAACAUCGAAAGUAACAUCGAAAGGAACAUCGAAAGUAACCUAGAAAGUAACAUCGAAAGUAACAUCGAAAGUAACAUCGAAAGUAACAUCGAAAGUAACUACGAAAGUUUCAUCAAAAGUAACAUCGAUAAUGAAUUUUCCCAAUUUUUCAAAGAGUUUGACUAUAUUUACAAGUUAGAGCCUGUAAAUGAACAUUCGGUCGAAUUUCAGAGAAUCCAACAAGCGUUCUUGGGCAACAAUAUAAAUAGAAUACAUAGCAUUGAGAAGAUACAUAAUCCAUAUUUAUUGCUGCAAUAUGAUUUAAAGAAGAGGGAAUAUAAUAAAAGGGAAAUAAUAUAUGAAGAGAAAAGGUUGUUUCACGGCACAAAGAAGUCUAAAAUUGAUUGCAUUUGCAAAGGAAAUUUUAAUUGGAGAUUAACUGGUACUUCCACACGGCAUUUAUUCGGGCAAGGUGUUAAUUUUUCACCUUCGGCCAGUUACUGCACUCACUACGGAGACAAAACUUACAACAAAGUGAUGAUUCUGGCGUCAGUCAUUGUAUCCAAGUUUUGCCUAGGAACAUCAGAGAUGACGAUACCACCCGACGGGUGUGAUACCAGUAUACAAGAAAACGAACGGGUUUAUGUCAAAUAUGACGAUAAUACCUAUUAUCCACGAUAUCUUAUACAUUAUGAAAGUAGUUUAGCUGAAUAAAGUCUACUGAUUUUGUAA